AUGCCAACAGCGUCCUCCUCCUCAACGUUCGCACCCUCGGCAUCAGACAUCAUCGUACUCGACAACGGCGCAUCCCACCUCCGCCUCUGGUCCACCGCUGUCCCCCACCCUCUCGUCCUGCCCAACUUUAUCGGCCGCUCCCGGUCAACCCGGACCACGUACCUACCCGCCGCCUUUUCGGCCUCAUGCAAGGAUCUGGGCGGCCUGCACCUGCGCAUACCCUUUGAGAGGGGCCAUAUCAUCGACUGGCCCGCCCUCAAGCUCAUCUGGGACGAUGCCUUCCGCCACCUCCUCGCCCUCCCUGCCGCAGCGUCGGGCGACCCCAAGGGAAAGGCAAAAGCCAGGCUGCUAGAGGGCAAGACCGUCAUCGUCACAGAACCCUACUUUGACUUUGCGGAAGAGCAAGACGCCCUCGAUACGGUCCUCUUCGAAGAGUACGGCGCAGACGCCAUCUGGCGGUGCACGCCCGCACAGCUCGCCGUCUGGGACGAGGCAAACUCGGCCAACCCGCCCGGUUCCGCCGCCGCAAACAGGGCCGAGGCGCAGCGAGCGCAGAAAGAAUCGCCAGCUGGUCCAGCAGCGGCAGCGGCGGCGACAGCCACCUCGACCCCACCACCCCCCAAGAAGACGCGAUCGCGCCCAUCCGCGUCUGCCACACCCGCGGCGGCCAGCACCCUGGCCAGACGGCUCAAGCUGGUGCGGCCGGAGUGCACGGUCGUCGUCGAUCUCGGUUUCAGCUAUACACACGCCGUCCCGCUCGUCCGCAAUGACGUGUGCUGGUCGGCCGUGCGGCGGCUCGACCUGGGCGGCAAGCUGCUCACCAACCUGCUCAAGGAGACGCUCUCGUUCCGCCAGUGGGACAUGAUGGACGAGACCUACCUCACCAACGUCGUAAAGGAACGGUGCUGCUUUGUCGCCGCCGCCAGCGGUGCCAGCCCGCGAGCACCCUCGAGCGUGGGCCGAGACCGAAUCGUCCGGGACAUGCAGGCGCGGCGGCCGAGCGAGUGGACCUUCGCCGAGCUCAUCGAGUACUGCAAGGCGACGGGCGGAGGUCGGUUGCGGCAGGAGUGGAAGCUGCCCGACUACGAGACGGUGCCGCAGAGCGAUGACGAGCUGUACGGCUACAUCCAGAGCGGGCCGGGAAGCAAAGACGAGCGGGACCGAUGGCAGCGAAGGAAUGACGAGGAUGGCGGUGGGGUUGGGCACAGCUCGGUGCCGGACGACGACCAAGGCCGACGAACCGACGCCUUCAUCGGCACGGUACCGCCUUCCUCGCCCUCGUCCCCCGCCUCCAACUCGGCACGAGCGCACGCACGCAAACGCCGGCGCGCCUCGACGGCAUCCUCGUCGUCGUCAUCGGGGCGGGGCAGCAGCAGCCCAUCGCACGACGCCGAGGCAGGCGAGCAGAUCCUGACGCUGACGACGGAACGGUUCACGGUGCCGGAAUCGCUCUUUGAUCCGAGGCUGGUGGGGCUGGACCAGUGCGGCGUGGCGGAGCUGGUUUCGGACGCCAUCGCGGCGAUGCCCGAGACGUACCGCGAGAUGGCGUGGUCCAACAUCCUGCUCAUCGGCGGGUGUGCGAGGAUGGUAGGGCUGGAAAGGAGGAUGCGGGACGAAUUGAGGGCAUUGGCGCCCCUCGACGUGCCUGUGCGUGUGCGCAUGGCUCAAGAGUGA